CUGCAAUACGCUCCCUCUGGCGAUCUUCCUCGUCUUCCAAAGUGGUUCAUAGGAUUGCAAGCGCUCUCUCAUGGUCGUAAAUCAGGCGAGGGAUGGAGUUUAUUCAUUGGCAGUGGCUCGCAGGACUUAAUUUACAAGGUUAGGAUCUCUCUAAAUCUA